AUGGCUCCCGUAUUUGGCGUCUUCAUGGCUGUCUGCCGCAUGCUUCUCGAUGUCUUCCACUACUGGCACCACAAAUUGGUCCUUCAAUGGGGAACCAAGACCCUUUUUGAGGAAAAUAUGGAUAAGCUGCAUCACGCCGAAAAUUUCGAGACCUGGGAGGACGCAGCCCAGCAGCUAGAUAUUCACAAAAGGCUAGAUCGUUGGCGUGAAGAUGACGCGUCUCCUUCAUACGAUUCCUGGCUGAUCAGUGACCGACUAAACUCCAUCUAUAUGGCUCGCCAAAACAACGAUAUCCAGUCCCUCGUCGAGCUCGUUCGCUCUGGCCUGGUUCGCAACUUGGGAAAUAUAACUGCCCCAAAACUUUACAAUAAAUCUUUUGCAGGCACGAAGCUCUUAAUCGAAAAAUAUAUACCCUCAGUAGCCGGUGCAAUUCGCGACAUUGUCGCCGAAGACGCUUCGGCCCCGCGUAAGAAGCAAACCAACGUCUUCGCACUGUCUACACAGAACAAGUUAGACUUCUUGCACGACGCGAGACAAGCUUUCGGACGAACCACGCUGGUCUUGCAAGGCGGUGCUAUUUUCGGUUUAUGUCAUGUCGGUGUUGUGAAAGCCUUGUUCUUGCGAGGCCUCUUGCCCAGGAUCAUCACAGGCACAGCUACGGGGGCCUUAAUAGCAAGUCUUGUGGCAAUUCAUACAGAUGAUGAACUCCCAGCCGUUCUUAAGGGCGACGGGAUCGAUCUGUCAGCCUUCACGGCCCACGAGGCGCUGGUGAGCCGUAAAGAUGGGCGGCCGCCACUUGGAAGUUCUAGAUGGAAAACACUUCUGCGUAGAAUCAUGCGAUUUUGGCGCGAAGGGUACUUCCUCGAUGUCAAGGUUCUCGAAGAGUGCGUCAAGGCAAAUUUGGGAGACAUGACGUUUGAAGAAGCGUAUCAGAAGAGCAAGAGAAUAUUGAACAUAACAGUAGCCCCGGCGACCCAGUAUGAUGCUCCAAUGCUUUUGAAUUAUAUUACGGCACCGAACGUUUUGAUUUGGACGGCAGCCGUUGCAUCAAAUGCUUCGACGCCCACAAUCUACGGGAAAAAGCAGACUGAAGUGCUGUGCAAAGGUCCCAACGGCAGUAUUAUACCAUGGAUGUCGCCCGAGUGGACGAGCUCCUCGGAUAAGGCUCACAAGUCACCCUUAGCAAGGAUCUCGCAACUCUUCAACGUCAACCACUUCAUCGUCAGCCAGGCCCGUCCUUAUAUGAUCCCAUUCCUCGAGUCUGACAUGCAUGGCCCCUCUCUCUACACUGCUCGCUCACAGGCUCAUCUCCCAGGUCAUCUGUUUAGGGUAGUAGGGAUGGAGAUACGCCAUCGCAUGAAGCAAUUAGAUAUGCUGGGGCUCUUGCCGAUGGGUAUACGACGAUUUCUCGUGGACGAAGAUGUGCCUGGGGCGAGCAUGGUCCUGGUCCCGACCGUCACAGCCUCUGACUUCGUGCGGCUCCUCGAGACACCCACGCGAGAGAUGCUGGAUUACUGGAUCCUACGAGGCGAGCGAAGCGUGUGGCCCGCUGUGUGUGCACUGAAGGUCAGAUGCAUGGUCGAAUACGACAUCGAGAGUGCCUAUCAGCGAGCUCGACGUCUGAAGGCCGGGGGGCUUAGGAGAAAGGCGAGCACGGUAGCUGCUGGUGCCAUGAUGUAUGCUAAACCUCCCUCUACAUCUACACAAGGGAACGCCGACAUAUCGAGUAGCACCGCGAUGAAUGAGCUAGUCACUUCACAGGACCUGGAACCAGGAGCCAAUUGA